AUGCCCACUGACUCAACGGCAUCAACCAUGUCGUAUGAGGAUUCGCUCUCGUCGCAAUACUUGACCUCGUCCAUCUCGUCGCUCUCUUCGGCCCGCGCUCAGUCGUCGCAAAUAGCCAGAACCUAUCGCCAGGCUGCCCAAUUGUUCCUCACUCGCAGGCUUUAUGAAGCCUUGUCUACCAUUGAUCCCAUCAUCUCGCCCGAAGCUCCAGACUCGCCUUUUCAGCAAGACGAACAGACCGACCGCCAUGCUGCGCCUGUCGCAUUCGCGUCCAAAACUAGUCGCGUCAAGGUGUGGAGCUUCUACUUGACUCUUCUCAAUGCCAUUAUAGACCUGGGUCCCGAGGAAGGCAAGCUGGUCUUUGGAAGUACCAAAUGGCGAGAACUGGCCUCGUACGCUCGCCAAGGCACCAUCUGGGACCUCGUUGUCAAGCAGGGUUAUCAAGGUAACGAGGGUGCUGUGGACGCCGAGGUGGUUGUCAAUCUCUUUGACAUUACUGCCCACCUCGAAGCCUCCCAGCAAUCCAUGCGCAACUCAUCCCACCAUAAUGGAACCAGUACCCCGCGCGAUUUGAAUACCCGUCUCAAGCUUCUCGAGCUUUAUACUUUACAUGUUCUGCCACAAAACGACGAAUGGGACUACGCUCGUGAUUUUAUCAGCAUGAGCGAGGUUCUAGACGACGAGAGAAGAGAUGCUUUUCUACAAGCACUUCACACAUUGAAAGAAGAGAAAGCACUGGACGGAAUCCGAGAGAAGGAACUUCAGCGCCGCCAGGAUGAGGAGAUGCAGCAAAGACGUAUCGAGGAUGAGACACGCCGAAAGGAAGAGGCCAGAGCGGAACAGGAGAAAAGGCGACGAGAAGCUGAUGAAAGGCCACGUACAGCUGGCUCGCAGAACAGAACGCCCUCGACCUCGAGCAACAACAACUCUAGAGCAGGACAGACUAACNAGAAACCCACCUGCGUCGAGAGCGAAAGCUCCGCAAAGAAAGCCACGCCUUCCUCACCACGCGUUAAUCGCUCGAUAUUUGCGACCAUGCAGGCGGCCGUGCUGAAUGCUGGAAAAUCCGUCAGUCAGAAUCCCAUG